GUCAUCGGCCUGGGUGUGGUCUUGCAGUCAGGGGUACCGUUAGCAGGAAAUCAAGCUCCAGUCCAUUUCACUUUAAGGCGAAACAAAGAAAAAAAUACUCUCACGCGCCGUGGGUUGAAAAUAGUUGUCGGUAGUCGAGCUAUAAGUAACGUUUGUGUCCUCGAGACAGGAAGGCGUUUUAUUGGCGCCGUUGUUCUGAUGGGAAAAAGUUUUCUGCUGGUCUCGCUAACUGCUCGACUGAUUUAAUAACUUUUUUUUAUAAAUCCUGAACCGGACGUAAAAGAAAGGAAAGAUGCCGAAGACGAUUAGUGUAAGAGUCACUACAAUGGAUGCUGAACUGGAGUUCGCCAUUCAGCCAAACACAACAGGAAAGCAGCUCUUUGACCAGGUUGUUAAGACCAUCGGGCUGAGAGAGGUUUGGUACUUUGGGCUCCAGUACCAGGAUACAAAGGGUUUCUCCACAUGGCUCAAGCUCAAUAAGAAGGUGACAGCCCAGGAUGUGAGGAAGGAAAGCCCGCUGCUGUUUAAGUUCCGUGCCAAGUUCUUCCCCGAGGAUGUGACAGAGGAGUUAAUCCAGGACGCCACACAGCGGCUGUUCUUCCUGCAGGUGAAGGAGGGAAUCCUAAAUGACGACAUCUACUGCCCUCCAGAGACAGCAGUCCUCCUGGCAUCCUACGCAGUGCAGGCCAAGUAUGCUGACUACAACAAGGAAGUCCACACACCAGGAUAUCUGUCCAGUGAACAGCUGCUCCCUCAGAGAGUUCUGGACCAGCACAAACUUAACAAGGAGCAGUGGGAGGAGAGGAUUCAAGUGUGGCAUGAAGAACACAAGAGCAUGAUAAGAGAGGAGUCCAUGAUGGAGUAUCUGAAGAUCGCUCAAGAUCUCGAGAUGUACGGGGUCAACUACUUCAACAUCAAGAACAAGAAAGGCACAGAACUGUGGUUGGGAGUGGAUGCUUUGGGGCUCAACAUUUAUGAACAGAAUGACAAAAUGACGCCCAAAAUUGGAUUUCCUUGGAGUGAAAUUAGGAACAUUUCCUUCAAUGACAAGAAGUUCGUCAUCAAACCAAUUGACAAGAAAGCACCUGAUUUUGUAUUCUAUGCUCCAAGACUGCGUAUCAACAAGCGAAUUCUGGCUCUUUGCAUGGGCAACCAUGAGCUGUACAUGCGGCGCCGCAAACCUGACACCAUUGAAGUGCAGCAGAUGAAGGCUCAGGCUCGGGAGGAGAAGAAUCACAAGAAGAUGGAGCGAGCUCUGCUGGAGAAUGAAAAGAGGAAACGAGAAGUUGCAGAAAAGGAAAAGGAAAAGAUUGAAAAGGAAAAGGAGGAGUUAAUGGAGAGACUAAGGCAGAUUGAGGAGCAGACGAAAAAAGCCCAACAAGAGUUGGAGGAGCAAACACAGAGGGCUCUGGAGUUGGAGAUGGAGAGGAAGACGGCUCAGGAGGAGGCUGAACGUCUGGAGAGUGACCUGAAGGGUGCUGAGGACGCCAAGAUGAAACUGCUGCAGCAGUCAGAGAACCAGAUGAAGAACCAAGAACACCUGGCAACAGAGUUGGCUGAGCUGACUUCGAAGAUUUCCCUCCUGGAGGAUGCCAAGAAGAAGAAGGAGGAAGAGGCAGUAGAGUGGCAACAGAAGGCUACCACAGUGCAGGAGGACCUGGAGAAGACCAAAGAAGAGCUCAAAAACAAAGUGAUGGCGGCUCACGUUCAGGAGCCCCUCAACGCAGAGAAUGAGCACGACGAGAACGACGAAAGCAGCGCCGAAGCCAGCGCCGAGUUCACAGCUGCCGCCACGUACAAGGACCGCAGCGAAGAGGAGCGCAUGACCGAGGCUGAGAAGAACGAACGUUUGCAGAAACAUCUACUUGCUCUAAGCUCCGAGUUGGCAAACGCUCGCGACGAGAGCAAGAAAACAGUGAACGACAUGAUCCACGCAGAGAACAUGAAAGCGGGACGAGACAAGUACAAGACCCUCAGACAGAUCCGGUCAGGAAACACCAAACAGCGCAUCGACGAGUUUGAGUGCAUGUGAUGUCUGCAUUCAGCAACGCAAAAGCCCGCACAGUUGGGCCUUUCUGCCUGGACUGCAGUCCUGCCUCACACAAGCUGUUUCCUCUGUACCCAAAUAAAUCAGAUCCACAACAUGACAUGGUUGCACAAGCACAGCAAAAUGUACAAAUAUGGAUCUGGGAUUCUCUAUUUGUUAUCCUUCCUAACUUUGAAUUUAGGCAAGUCACUGGUUGAAAAGGGACAUACUGUAUUUUAGUAGUUCAUUCCUCACAUGGGGUUUAUAAUGUAGCAUACUAGUAAUGGGCUCACGCCUCAUUUCACGACACAUUGAGUUAGCAUUUUUAUUUUCUUUAUAUAUUUCUGUCACAUUUCAGUUUCAAAAUAAGAGGUUUAGAAACCAAUCCAAAUUUCAGAUUAAAAGCUGUGACUGUAGACGUAUUUCUGCUGUAUGCAUGCAACGGUUCUUCACAGCAAGCUGGAUUUUUCAGACAGUAGUAUUUCUCCCAUGAUCCUCUGCCCAUAGUUUUAAAACUAAAUGCACUGUAACUGUCUAUGUGGAGCAUUAAUAGAGCAGUAUUAUAUUUUUUUUUUUGCAAAUUUACUCACUUCAUCAUUUGAGUGUGUUCUAAAGUGUUCAGAAUCAUACAGUAUUUUCGCCCCACUCACAACGUGAUAUUAAAGAUCAAGUUCAUGUACAUAUAUACGUUUAAGUCAGUUUGCAGCUACAAGGCUUUAGAGCAAAUUUCGCUGUUCUUCAGUGUCAUCUAUUUUAUCCAGGAUUGAAUUUAAAAAGCAAAUAGGACAUUGAAAGUUUAUUUUGUUCUACCUGUAAGAGUUUAACCCUGGUUUAUUCCUCUGCUUUUAUUUUUAAUUCUGCUCAUCAGUGAGGUUGUUGUUUGAUAAUCAGAACACAUGUUUUUGCAAUAUUAUAAUCAGUACAGCAUAACGAGUUACACUGUAGUUGCCACGUGUCAAGUUGGUGAUCAAACACCAAUAAAGUCAUCCAUAGAUGUAGAAUCUUCCUUGCUCGGUCAUGUGUUUUCUUCACAAAUGAGAAGUUUCUUGCCACAAAAAAUCUUCAUGGAAUUUGAUGCAUAGAAUUAAAUAAUUUCAUUAAACAUGCACUGGAAAACUAAAGCUAACCUUUGCAAAACAAGUCGAGACAGACUUACUGCCCCACAUGGGCACUAUUUCCAAUGCAUGCAUUUUUCAUAUACUGGGUGUAUUUAAUGACAUUUGUGUAUUUUGUAAUUUGGAUUUUUUUCAGAAGUGAUAGAAUUAUGUAAGGUGGAAACCAGACACCACUGAGGAUAUUUUUGUAUUAUAAAAUCUAGAAGUACUUGUCAAAGGUAACAGUUUUUGUUCAGAAGGAACAGCUUUUUGAAAACAGUAUUUUGUUGUAAACUAAUUGAACGGCUCUCUGCUGUGAUAGUAAGCUGAUGGAACAAGCACACCCUAAAGCCUGUGAUAGGACCAAUGAAACGCCAAAAUACCAGGCAAAAGGAAAAAUAGCACGGAGAUUUUUAAAACAAGGCCAAAACAUUUUGCAUAAAAAUGAAUAUGACUUCCUUGUGCCAAUGUUCCAGAUUACAUGUUGACACUCAGACAUGUGAAGGGUUUUGUUUGUUCAUGGAUAUUUAGAAAUUAGUGUUUAAAGGAUUUAUUUACACAAUUUUGCAAGUUCAAAAUAAAUGUGUUCUAGAUUUUUUUUAUUUUAUUUUGAUUUCUCUUAUUAAAUGAAAGUCAUUUGUACCAAGAUGCAUUUUGUUAUACAGUAUUCUUGCCCAUUGCUGCGCGUAGUUCUCGUAUCUUCCAUUUAAUGUAAAAAUGCAGUCGUUGCUGCUUUGGAUACAUUUCCAUGCCUUUGACAAUAACUUUUAUAAUGCUGCACUGUAUGUUCUACCUGAAGCACCAUUUAUUGACAGCCUUCUUUUUAUGAAACAAGUGUAAUUCAGUCAUCAUGUGUGAAAAAGAAAUGUAUUAAAAGAUGCUACUCAAUAUUUUGUCUUGAAUCAAAAAAGGGCUGAAACAUAACGUAAAUUGACAGACAGUGCCUUGCCCAGGUUUUUCAUCGGAUCUUGCUGCUUCAAGUCUUCCUUUCACCAAUGAAUAAAAGUCAAAUUAAA